AACUGUCGUCUGUCUGAUCUGUUUGCUUCUGCUGCCUUUCGUUUCUGUUUCAUUAUCUCUCGUAAUCUUUGAUAUUUUUGUUGUGUCAACUGUCAAGUCAAGGUAAACUCGGACUGUUUGGAAACAAAUCAUUUUCUAUUCAUUCUAAGAUGGACGAGGAUCUGAAACUGUGGAAGAGGAGAGCAAGAAGCUACCAACAGAGUUGCUGCAACAGCCUGGGAGAUCGAGUGUACGAUCAUGUGACCUCGGAGCAGCUCGAGAAUAAGAUUGGCUACGCUUUGUACAACUUUCCCAGCGAAGUGGACAAGGAGACCAAAACAUCAAAAUAUACAAAGGGUCAAACCUACCACAUCAAACUUAUCUGUGAUAAAAUUAAAUCAUUGCAAAGUCCCGAAGAUGGGCUGUACUAUAUCUCUUGUCUAUAUGUUGUGCUUCGCUUACGUAACAAGAAGAACGACGAGGGCAUUCAAAUCCUAUUUAGGGUGCCGACAUUUGACGAAGGUAAACCUAAAUUGGACAGUCAUAUCUUUGUUGACCCCAAGCCUAGGGUUUAUGAGAGUUGGGAGGGCUUUCUGAAGAAAAACAAACUUCCUAAAUGUGAUGUUUGCUAUCCCAUGGACGGAGUGUAUUCCGUGAGAGAUGGAAUCGUCAACAUCCAGUUUGGACAAUCACCGGCUUGUGACACGAGCACUGCUGUGUUUACAGGGUUGGAUGUGUCGAGCACAUUGUUGCUAGUCGGAGCUACAGGAGUAACGUUAGCUUCCCUCGCAAUACCUAUUGCUACCCCUUUUGUCUGGGGUGCCACUGCUACAGUGUUUGCUUCUGGAACUUACGAAACAGCCAGGAACGUCUACCGUUUGCAUGACAUCAAGAAACACAAAGAAAGUCUCGGACUGAAGAAUCCGGACUCGAGAAGUGCUUGGUUGAGUCUGGCUGGCUCUAUGGUUGGAAUGGCUUCAAUUGGUACAACUGCUAUCGCUAAAGGUGUGGUCGCAACAGAAUCUGCCAUUAGCAGAGCUGGGAUCAUGACUUUGAGGAUUCUCAACGUCUCUUCGCUAGCAGUAAGUGGGAUCGGGGUUGUCAACGGUAUCAUAACUGUGGUCAUGAAGAGGAUCAAUGGAACUUUGGAGAUGAUUGAUAUUGUAGAAUUUACUUCUGCGUGCUUCUUCUUCCUCAAUGCAUUGGUGACAUACGACUUAGCCAGUAGACUGAUUGAGGAACUAGCCUGUUCAGAUUUAACCAACUUGUUCAAUAUGAGGGAAAAUGCAUCGUUCCGUGUAAUCAAAGAUAUUACGGAGUUUAACGACGCGACUACUUACAACGUCCUUCGUCAGCUUGUGUUAGGUAUUCAAUCUGCGUUUUGCCCCGAUAUAAAACUGGAGGAUCUCGAAUCAGUGAUACUAGCAAUUGUUUCUCUCUUGUCUAAAAAAGAAUCAGGGUCGAUCAGUUGGGGAAAAUUAGGUGUCGAGAUCUCAUUAAUUCUGCAAAAGAUUUGGAAAAGAUACCACAACGUUAUUAUGAAUGUCAUUGAAAAGGUAAAAAAUACAUUUGAGAUAGCUUACUGGCAAUAUGCAUUGCCUAAACAAGCUAUAACAAAUCUGGAAAUUCCUCGGCAAAUGUGUGAAGAGGUCGACAGAGUUAUAGAGUUCUGUGGCAUCAGCAGUGAUUCUCACGAGCACAGAAACCUAAUGACUUUUGCUAGAGCAUUUUCCGCAUCUCAUGGUAACACAACUGAUCAAGAGUUUUUAAACAGGUUCAAGUUUUACUGUGACUGCAUCAUUGCACAGUUCAGAGAGGAAAAAGAAAUGUAUGAAAAUGAACUAGAUUCUAAGAGCUCGGAACCGAAUUUCGAUAAAGAAGGAUUUGAUAAAACUUAUGGCAUUCAGGGGAACAAAUGUCAACACUUCUUUGUCAAAGCCUUGGACAAGGUGAACCAUCCUGACUUCUUGGGUAACAUUGACGAAUUAUAUGAAAACUUACCAAGAACAGAAGAGAGUAAUCCCCGAUUGGCGUACUUGCAAACCAACCAAAGCAGCAUCUACACGUUCUGUGGGCCUCUGGGAGAGAAAAAACUGUCUGACGACUACUACUGGGAUAAAGCCGCAACUUUGACAGGGUUGAGAAUCAAUGGUGAAAACUGCACAAUGACAAAUAUUAACAAAAAAGACAACCUGAUUUUAAUUCAACCCAAAAAGGUAUUGGAAGUUGAUGAGGAAAGCCAGAAACUAGCGAAGGUUGAAUCGAUAUUAAUUCAGACUUCUUUUGAAAACAACUGUCAUAUGGGGUUAUUAGUACUAAUACUCAAAUAGAAGACGGAAAAGUAGAAAACUUGUGUAGUAGAAAUUUAAAUGUGAUAUUAAUUGUAUAAAAUAUUUUAUUUAUUUAUUAACUAACUAUUAGUCUUUUAUGAUUUACAUAAUUUUUAUAAGCUUGACUUAUAUUAUUACUUAUUUCAUUAUUUUUUAACAUAAAAUUGCCUCUUUUAUUCAAAAUAUGUUUAAAAAAAUAUUAUUUUAUUAUUUUUUAGCCUACAAGUGUUUAAGUUGUUAAAUAAAACCUUACAUGCUAAUUAAUCUUACAUUUUUGUGCAUAGGUGCAUGCUAACAAUAGUUUAAAAAGUAUACUAGUUUAGUCAAAAUAUCAGAACAUAUUUAUUUAUUGAAUUUGUUUAAACUUACCUCUCAGUUCUAGACCGAAUUACGGUUUUAAAUUAGUUUAUACUUUCUAGAAAACAUCACUUACACAUCUUAAGUACACACUUAGUGCCUUAGAUCACAGAAAACAUGCUACUAUAACCCAGAAUGCCAACCGCAUGGUAAAAGCAUUAAGUACUUUGAGAGAGCUUUGCCCGUCAAUUUGUAGGCAGUGCCACCAGUGUUG